GCCCCGUGCCACAGAAUAGAUUCUGUGCCAGUGCGCAAGGACGAGCACAGGGGGUCGGAGUAACUGGUUUUGAUUUGUUGUGGUUACAAUUCGUGGAGGCUGCCAUCAUGAAGCCAAACGGAAAACCGAGAAGGACAAAUUUCACUGGUUAAGUUUCUUAAUAUCCUGGAGAAUUUUCCCAUGACUACAAUUUAGGACGCUUACAAAACUACAAAAAAUUUACAGUCUUGCAGGGACUUGGAAGUUUCACUAACUCAAUAGAGACUAGCUGGAUUUAAACGAAGGAGGGGUAAUGGCAAGGAAAGGUAAAAUUCACGGAGUUGCGUCCGGAGGAUGUGAUAUAUUCAUUUAUUUACCGUUAACUAAGGAAACGUUUAAGUUGCCUGACGUUCAGCUAAGCACAAAAGUAUUUGACUUGAAGAAAAGUCUAGAACUUAUGAUGGGAAUUCCUGUAAAUUUGCAACGCCUGUUCUACUUAGAUAAGGAAGAUCUGGAAGAUUCCUGCGACCUCAGGAGCAGUGAUAUUGUAACUUCAGCUACACUGAGCAUGCAUAUUUGGAGAAGCUGGGAAAAGGUAGUCUUCAAUGUAUUUAUUGGGAAUGAGCUCGAACUUGCUAAACUAAAACACAGCGAAGCCUCUUGUAUUUCAAAUGAUCAGUGGAAGGACCGUUACCAGCAUCAAAUCAAUGUUGCACUUUAUGUUGCUGCCAAUAAAGGAAAGAAAGAGCUAUUAGAUUAUUUACUAACAGAGGGGGCUGAUGUAAAUUGGCAGACUGGCCUUGGACGUACCCCACUGCAUGCAGCAGCAGCACGAGGGAGACUAGAAUGUAUCAAAUUGCUACUGGAAAGAGGGGCAAUUGCAGAUCAACUUGAUAAAUUGGGAAAGACUGCUUCAAGAGUAGCCAGUGAGCAUUGCUUUAAAGAAAGUGAAAAACAGCUAUUUUUAUUUCAAUGGCAGGAGAGAGCAAAAACAAUUAAGCUAAAGGAGCCUUGCUCUAGUUUAAUGAUGCAUCAACAGUUUGAUUCAGGAUAUUCAACUUGGUUACAUGGAAAAUGUCAACAGAUUUACAUGUGCAGUACUUUACCCUCGAAUGGGCAAACAAACAUAAAGUCAGAUGGCUCAGUGUCUAUAACUGCAGCAAAGCAUGAUGUCCAAGAGGAGCUUGAUGAGAAAGAACGAAUUCAGCAGGAAGUUUUAGAAAAUGAAUCAUCUUCUGAUCUUUCAUUUUUGCCAAAAAUUGAAGAUUCUCCUGCAAGCCACAUCCAUUCAAAAAGGAAAGUUUUGAAGAAAGCAAAGGCAUUUGAUAACUGGCUAAUGCAGAAAAACCUGAUGGCAGCAAAGAACACUGGGAAUAAUUUACCAACAGCAAGACAAACAAAUGUAAAUGACAUAACCAGCAAGGUUAAGAGGAAAAAAGAACAAGGAAAGUCAACUGUGAGGCAUUUGGUCAGUGAAGAAAAACCAAGAAGAAGAAUAGAUAUUUAUGACACUCAAGAACACAAUGGGAGAUUUGAAAAGGAGUUUCUUAAUAUUUUAAGUCAUUAGGCAUUUUUUUAUAGCAUUCAGACAAUUUUACAAAUUAUCUGCUGAAAAUUGA